AUGGCAACCACCACUAUCCCUACUUCAAUUGACGCCGAGCUUGAAUACUACACGCAACGGCUGAGCAACGUCUCAUCUGAGCUCUUCGCCGAAUAUCAAGCACAAAAGCUGGAGAAAGUUCCCGACGUGAAAGGGGCAGCUCGAAAAGUAUGUUAUGCAGGGGCAAAAGGACUUUUGACACGAGCGAAAUGCAUGGUGAAGCUGCUUGAAGCGGAGCUCAAAUUCCAACGAGAGAAACAGGCAGGGACAGCUCUGAACGAUUAUGACCUUAUUUAUUUUUUGGGUAUGAACGACCUGUUUUGA